AUUAGUUUGGAGAAAGUGCAGCCACCGGACUUACCUUGGCGUGGAUGGUGCGCGAUCGACCAUGGAUUCGAUGCUAAAAACGGCUCAACGCUUUCUGUACAUCGGAAGUGAUGUACCGUUUGUGUCUGACCCACCGAAGCCGCUGGAUCUUGAGCUGGGAAAGAAAGUGUUCGCGCCAGUGGUGAAUCCUGUCGAUCCGGAAGCGAAGCAACCGAAACCACCCGUUACUACCACCGAGACGCCGGCACAAAAGAAACCCAAGAGCAAAAAGAAUGACAAUCUGAAUGUGAAACGAGAAGGAGCGAAGGCAGAGCAAGGGAAGAGCAAUAAACCGGAAACACCGAAAGCUACUGCUGCUGCUAGUACGGAAAACAAAUCUACAACAUCGAAACCUGUAGAAACGGUUGCCACUGUGCCACUGCAUCCUGCGCUUGCUUUGAUUAAAUCGACCCUUAAAAGCAAAUCACUUCGCCGGACGGAUGAGUGUCUGUUCGCAUUGGCAUACUGCGCACGUAACUUUGCCACACCGGAAGAACGUCACACCGUGUACGAGCUGCUUCCGGAGCUGAUUCGCACGUCGCACGAUCUUCUGACGUUCAUUUCCUACUACACUCAGCUCGCUACGCAAUCGGGACACGCCGGAUUUGGUCAUGGCAUGCGCACAGCUAUAACGCACUGGUACGAGAGGUUUACUCCGAUCGAGCUGGCCGAAAUGCUCGUACGCAGCACCAGCACAGAAGGCUGGACGCACAAGGACGUAAUAGCGAAGGCGCACCCGAAGUUGAACUGUGCCGAAAAACAGUCGCUGCUCGAUGCAGCCAUGAAGCGUACUAGCCAACUGCAGGAGAAGAAAGCACCGGAAAGGAAGGACAAGAAGAAAAAGCGGAAGAGUAAUGCGGCACCUACAGGGCCGCCCGCGGGAAACAAGGAGACGGCUGCAGUUGCAGUGAGCAGCUCGAAAGCUUUCAGGCGAUAUCAAACACUGCUGCAGUUCAAAUCGAUUCCAAAUGCUGGGAAAGCGCUGGAGCUCAUGAAGCAGCACGGUGCGAAGGGUAGGUUUGAGUUGCUUCCGCGCCAUCUGCGUCGUUGUGCAAAGGUAUGGGAGGCACUGUAUCCUUACCUGACGUACCGUGAGCUGCUGCAGGCCGCCUUGCCAAUGCAAGACUUCCGGCUUCUUAAAAAGGACGAGGCGAACACCAAGGCGUACGUAGAAACGCUAAAGAAGCGUUUGGAUGCGCUCGAAGCGGAAUACAUCCAUCCAAUUGAGGUGUUCGUGAUUUCCAAGCUGUACCAGCAUGGCAAGCGGUAUGUGACCAAGGUGAAGGAAUCGAUCCACACCCUAAACAUAACCGACAUGUGUCCACCGGUGAAGGAAGUGCAGGAUCGACUGGAUGUAGCGCUAGAACACUCGCUGAGCCAUCAUCCGAAGACGGGUGUACGCUAUUAUAUUGCGCUUGAUCUUCGUUGCGUUUUUGACCGAAAGAAAAUUUUUCACAACGAAGUCGUCACCUGCUUCCAGGCUAGCGUACUGAUAGCUUUCUCCAUCUUCAAGCGAGAAAAGCACGUAACGGUUGUGGCUUUUACGGAUGAUAAGGAAAUACUUGCCAGUGUAGAAUUCGAACCGAGCAUGACUUUCGAGCAGGCAAUGAAGUGCUGCGUUGAGCUGAUGUUACCAACCACCAAAGUAUCGCUUGCCGCACCGAUCAAACAGGCCGAAGCGGACAAGAUUAAGGUGGAUGUGUUCAUCACUAUCACGGACUCGCUGAUCCGCGUAAAUCCUACCCGUUGUCCGCCGACCGCACAGCUGCAGGAGUAUCGCAAAAAGAUGAAGCUAAAUCUUACCAGAUACGUUGCUAUUUCGCUGAGUCGUCAUACACCAUCGCUGGACAUAGAACCGGACAAGGAUACUGGUGGAUUACUGGAAAUGGUCGGAUACAGCGCUCACAACGCCAAGAUUAUCGAGGCAUUUGCUAAAAAUCAUUUCUUCUAA